ACCUUAUGUGAAUUGGCCCUUGCGUGUUAGCUGUCAGUUAGUUAAAUAACAGACGUCAACAAAUUUUUUGUUGUUGUUGUCGCUCGUUUUGUUUGUACAAAAACGUUCUUAAAGCUGGUCUUUUAUAAGUAUUUAAAAUCGGAAUAUUUAUGCAAAAUCGGAACACAAAUCAAUUUUUUUAAUUAACAAACUAACGCAAAAAUGGAAACUGCGCCAGAAGCAGUUAGUCGAUUACCCUCUGGCGGAGUAACAGAAGAGUAUCUUCAGUGUCCUACGUGUGAGUGCAAGUUGCAGCAAUGGGAGGUAAAAGCCCAUUUUGAACAAGAAAUGGAACGCUUGAAACAUUUACAGAAUAAAGCUGUGAGUGAAGCAACUGCCGAAUUAUUCCAACAAAGCGCUAGUAAUGCUGUGGCUCAAAGAGAGGAGCGACGUAAACCUUGGACAAUAUUUCAGCGAGUACAAAGGAAUCGGCAUUCGCGCAUAAAGCGAAGAACCGGUAAGCGACCAGCACCACCAGCCGAACAGCAGUGCCCAGUAUGCAAUGCCAGCUUUUCGCUAGAAGAAAUCCAACAGCAUGCUGAACAAUGCUUACGUUGGAGGAGUGGUACCACUAAUGGCCGAGAUGGUGGUGGAAGUUCAAGCAAUGAAGAUGAAGAUACUGAGGAAUAUGAGGAAUAUGAAUGGGCCGGUCAAAAGCGCAUACGUGCAUCAAGCUUACUGCAAGGCGGUUAUGCCGCCAUCGGCAUAGGACAGAAUGUGGGAAACAGUGCCAGUGGUAGUGUUCAAAAUUCAAAUCAGGCUGGUGAUGAUGAAGAAGAGGAUUUGAAUGUUGAUGAGGACGACACGCAAAUCUAUGGGCCAGCGCAAUAUGCGGAGGCUGAUGUCAUACCACCCACUGGGGAACAAACCAGUGCAGAGAGUGAUGUAACUAGCUAUAUGCGCCGACUAAUAACUUGUCAGGAUGCAAAGGCACCCAAUAAUGGAUUGGAAGAAUUCCGUCGGCCGAAUGUGUCUAUGGUUAGGAGUAAUCAAACGUGCGUUCCCCCGACUGCCGCACCUUCGGCUGCAACUACCACAAAUAUACUGACUGAAAAUGAACAAAAGAAUUACCCGCAAAUAAUCGAAUCACUAAAACUGAAAUUACGCCAAUGCGAAAAUCAAGGGCAAAAUAAAUUCAAAUGUUUAAUUUGUUUGGACGAUUAUAGAAAUCCAGCCAUUUCGGUUGCAUGCUGGCAUGUACAUUGUGAGGAAUGCUGGCUCCGUUCACUGGGCGCACGUAAACUGUGCCCACAAUGUAAUUUGAUCACCACGCCAAAAGAUUUACGAAGAAUUUAUAUGUAAAAUAUUUUAACUUUUAUUCGGAAUAGUCUUUGCUUAUACUAUUUUACGUUAUCAAUUUCUAUUUUUCAAAUUUAAAUUCUAUACCUAUAAUGUAUGUAACUAUUUUUUGCAAUUCUCUUAUAUAUAACACUAGUUUGAGCUAUAAUAAGGAGAAAAAUCAUUAAAUAUUUUAUUUUAUUCCUAAGAAAAAUAACAAUAUAAGCUGUGCAGCAGUUACAAUAAAAAUACAAGACAAACUAGCUUUAAGAAGCUAUUAUAUACA